AUGAAGUUCAUACAAAACCCCCUUUACAACCACACCAAGCUAUUCAUGCUCCUAUCCUUUGCGAUAGCAGUGCUCCUCGCCGGAAUCCUCUUACGUGCUAAAAACAACCAAGAAAUUCUCGAUAAAAUUCAACAGUACGAUAACACCACUGAAUACGAGUCCACGACAAACGAGACCGGCUCAGAGCCAAAGAAAACGAGAAGAAAAGAAUACCUGUACCGCCUGUUGACAAAUACGACCCGUUCCCUCAUACAAAUGGAAAUAAAGGCUAGAAGACUGGAGGAAAAUAUGCGUAGGAUUAAGGAGAAGACUGCAGAUUUGUUGUGGAAGAAUAAGGACAAAGCCUUGUGGCAUAUUCUGUUCAAGAAUAUAAGCAGGCACAUUACGAUUCGGCACGAAUUUCACCAGCACGCGAGUUUGAAACGAAUUAUGUUAGACAGUCAUCACGAUCAAAACCAUCGUAAUCAUAAACAAAGCCAUUGUAAGUUGGCCAAGAAACUCAUUAAGGUAAUCCUUACAGGCAAAAUCGGUCCGGGCUACGCUUCUCCUUUGGAGGCAUUCAGGAACGGUCCAAGAGAGCAACUUUUGUACGUGGUCUGCGUACAGCCAGACCAGACUAAACAAGAUUAUCUGGCCACUGUCGACGUCGAUCCUAAGUCCCCUACUUAUUCUCAGGUCAUCCACCGUACUUACACGGGCAGUGUAGGCGAUGAGCUCCAUCACAGUGGAUGGAACGUCUGCUCCAGCUGUCAUAAUGACCCGAACUUAAAGAGGAAUUUAUUGAUACUACCCGCUUUAGCGUCCAGCAAUGUUUUCGUUAUGGAUGUGGGCACUGAUCCAAGGAAACCGAAGUUGCAUAAGGUAAUCGACGGCUCGGAGAUGAGGUCAUUCAACUGCAGUUUCCCGCACACCGCGCACUGCCUCGCUUCGGGUGAAAUCAUGAUAUCCACUAUGGGCGAUAAGGAAGAAAACGGAAAGGGGGAUUUUGUGCUCAUCGAUUCGAAGAGCUUGAAAGUGACAGGAACAUGGACGAAAGGAAAACUUGCACAGUUUGGAUAUGAUUUCUGGUAUCAGCCAUAUCAUGAUGUAAUGGUUGCUUCUGAGUGGGGCACUCCGAAAUUCUUUAAGAAUGGUUUUCAACCCGACGAUAUCCCUAAUUCUGAGCGUUAUGGGACCAGUAUCAACUUUUACAAAUGGUCGACACGUGAGUUGCAACAAGUCAUUGAUCUCGGUCCGGAGGGCUGUGCGCCCCUUGAGAUCAGAUUCCUCCACGACCCUAAAGCCUCACAAGGAUUUGUCGGCUGUGCGGUCGAGGCCAACAUCUUCAGGUUCUAUAAAACAGCUGCUGGUACGUGGAAAGUCGAUAAAGUCAUCGACAUACCAUCGAAAAAAGUUUCUAAAGACGGUGUAGAAACAGAGCUCAACGGUCUAAUGUCCGACAUCCUGCUAUCAUUAGACGAUAAAUAUUUAUACUUCUCGUGUUGGCUUCAUGGGGAUGUGAGGCAGUAUGACAUAUCUGAUCCCGCUCACCCGAAACUUACUGGACAGGUCCAUUUGGGAGGCAAAAUACUGGACGAUCUCGACCUUGUAGAAGACAGAGAAACUAAGGAACAAAGGAAACCAGUAAUAAUAAAGGGCAAGCGGCUUCAGGGAGGACCCCAAAUGUUACAAUUGUCUCUUGAUGGAAAACGUCUGUACGUGUCUUCUUCCCUUUACUCGCCUUGGGAUAAGCAAUUCUAUCCAAAGAUGGCCGAGCAGGGUGGUUGGAUAGUGAAGCUGGAUGUUGACACGGUGAAUGGUGGUAUGAAGUUGGACGAAAACUUUUUGGUGGAUUUCGGAAAAGAACCUAAUGGCCCUGUACUUCCACAUGAAAUGAGAUAUCCUGGUGGUGACUGUACAUCAGAUAUUUGGCUGGCUGAAGACUAAAGACCGUAAUACUUCUAAACAUGUGCCAACAUUAUUUGUAUAUUACGACUUUAUAUUAUUAAUCAUAAUAAAUUGUACAUCGUCUUUAUAAUUUACCUUGGCCGCAAUUGUGUAAAUAAAAACUGUAAAGAGACAAAAAAUAACAUGAAUGUAUGCUCAGUGUUAAAUGAUGAAAAAACAGAGGGUGUGGUUAUUAUUGUGAAAAUAUCGUGACAUAUGUAUAUUAAGAACCUAUAAUUUGGCGCAAACUGUUAUUA